AUGCUUUUCGAACAACAUCCACCUCUGCUCCGAGCUCUUCUCGACACUGGUGAUGCUAUGCUGGUGUAUUGUGCACGGUUUUGCUCGAUGGAAACCGAGUUAUCGAUUGGAAUGCGCGAGUCAGACUUGCGGGCAUGGCUGUACACAGUGGACAUUUCAAGCAAACAACUGCUGGAGCUAUGCACACGGCCAAUGGCAUUUCGUCCGUCAUAUCUUGGUGGAAAUCGUUUGGGUCUAAUCUUGAUGGAAUUACGACGAGAAUUUGUUCUUCGUGGAGCUUUCCCGGCCACACUUCCAGAGCUUCCGAUAAGUGUUGAUGUCAUUCUCGGAACUGAUUCACCCACAGAAAGUCUGAUGAUCAGCGAACCCUUCGACAUUUUGUGCCCAGAUAAUUAUACAGCCUUGUGGAUUAAUCCCCUAUUUAUUUUGGCCAAGGAGAAGAAGGAUGCUGAUUUGAUGAACAUUGCUUCUUGGGUGAAAAUCCCACCACGUCUAAUUACAGUCGAUGACGUGCGAAUCAGUGAAAUGGUGGAUGAGUUGAUAAAAUCAAAUGGAAAGGGUAGUAUCGAUCUACGGUCAGUUCCUGCUGAGGAUAUGCGUGCUGUAUUUAUGAAACUGACAGGAAUGCUUCGUGCGACUCUCACUGAAGUUGACACUUACUACAACGAUAUGCAAGCGUUAUCGGUAGAGGUUAAUCGUAUGCAAGUAAUCCGACGAGGUCUUGAAGACACGCAGGAGCGUGAAAAGAGACCAGAGCGAGCAGCAGCUGGUCGUGAUAGGUACCCGGAACGUACGCGUGAUAAGUCUCCCAUUCC